AAAAAAAGGAAAUAAAUGGCGUUAUUAUAGUUGGACUUUAGAGUGCUCUCAUCGACACAUAUCGACAAGGUCCUUUCUGUGCCCGGACGCGUCGGUGUCGAUCAGCAGGUCGCGUAAUGAGCCAGCCGCCCCGUUCAAACCGGGGACACCGGGAGAGAAACGGGGGACACCGACAGCCACGAGAGUCUCGCGAUGACAGACGCUCAUCGCCCGACAGGUCUUCGUCUCGACCCCCAUACCACCCCAGAGAGGCCGAGUCCCCUCCCCGACAUGCCCAGGAAGUCCCUCGAGAGGAAUCCAAAUGCACACACGUUUGCUCCAGUAGAGGCAUCGUGCUGAUCUGCUCGGUGCUCACCAACUCCCUGGUCCUGAUCUGCGUGAUCACAGCUCAGAUGGUGUCAUCAGGAAUGUCCUCCAGGGGCGGUCUGGUCGGCUUCAACAUCAACUCCAACUUCAACCUGCAGGGCACCGAGCUGCAGAAGGUGCGAGACCUGGACAUGCAGUACAGCCAGAUGAGGGCGCCGGGCGUCUACGGCGGCAUCCCCUUCACCCUCACCAUGGGGGUCCUGUCACUGCUGUUUGUGGUCGCCGGGAACAAACCGCCCCACCGCAUGUCCCGGAGGCUUCUGUUCGGCGCGCUGGUGUUCCAGGCGGUGGGCGCAGUGGUGUACGUGGUGGCCGUGGGGCUUUACCUCCACUUCAUCAUCGGGGUCAACGCCACGGACGUGUGCCAGCAGCGCGAGAGGCUGUACGCCCGCAACGGCUACACCUGGAUGAGCUGCGACGUGGGCGGGGCCGACGCCGCCGUGGCCCUGUUCGGGCUCAUCACGGCCAUCCUGUACACCGCCGGCACGGUGCUCACCUUCCAGACGAUCCGGAGGGUGCGGCGCUACCUGCAGGAGCGGAAACGCCGGGAGGCCGACAAGCAGCGGGCCCGGGCCAGCCCACAGAGGGCCCCGCUGACGGCCGAAACCAGCACCGUGUGAGCGGGCCACACGGCAUGGACGCCUGGCGAGUUCAGUGGGCUGCGACUGCGACCGAGGGUUCCCUGGUAUUAUGAAGUUGGCUCGCUUUCUUUCUUUUUUUUUUACCGGGUUAUAGAUCACUAUGGAAACCUACAGUACGCUGCGGGUUACCCGGUUACGUUCAGAGCAUCAGAUCGCCCGCUGACCAAUCACGAGGCCUCAUUUCUACAAGUUCCUGAGGUGGAUUAAGUACAACGUUCACAAUAAUGUCUUAUCGGACAGACGCGCUGUCAAUAAAUCGGGGGCUGUAAAAUCUAGCCACAGCCAACACCAACAGCCCAAAACAUUUCCACAGUUCAAAGCGACGGACGACCCGCAGCCGGCGACAGCUGUGGCCGGAGCUCGGCAGGAUUCCAUCUCAACUGUCAGAUUGUUUACUACAUUCACUCUAAUGAAUGAUGCGUAUAGCUGCCUUUUUUCUUCCAUGCUUUAACACUCUUAUUUAGGAUGACACGCGGUUGAGUAUUUAGGCGUUUUUUAAAUUAUUUAGAUUCAAUGAGAUAACAGGAAGUAAAAAGAGUGAACCCUCAGUCCUUCUGUAUCGGGACGAAAUCCGCAAUGAAGUUUUAGCAUCUUCGUGCUUCGGUGCUGCGUAAAAAUGUUUUAAUGUCAAAUCAAUUAGUCCACUCGUGGUUCUGGUAAAGUCGCACGUCUUCGGCUCCUCGUUGCCUGUGAACGUGCUUGUUGGCCGGACCAGUCGAUAAACAGCUUCUUCCACAGUUACUUAGCGCGUCGGAUUGUGUGAAUUACAGAAAUGCUUUUCAAAUGUCUCAUGAAUGUGUUUUAAUAUCAGAGUUUGACUUUAUAAUGUAAUGUUUUUUUGAUACUUAAACUGUCCACAUGUCUCUACUCAAAUUAAACCUCCGUCGAUGUGA